UGCGCUCACAAGCAAAGGUCCUCUGAGAAUGGUUCUUCUUUUUCGCAUCCUUUCCAGAUAGGCAUCUAUUCCUCAGAUCUGCUCAUAUUUUAGUGCUUUCUCCUCUAAUUUCGACAUGGAAACGUUUUCCGUUUUCCUUCUCUUCCGAUUUGGGUUCAAAGGGACGGUGACGAUUCAUCUCACAUAGGUCUCGUUCGUCGUAAAUGGCUAUCUCCGAUAGCCUUGCCGACCAUCCUGAUAUAUCACCACCCAUAUUCUGAGUCCCUCAAUUUUUUUUUUCUUCUAUUCAAAUCGGCCAAUGAUUUAAUUUUCUUUUACAUGACAAGCAUAUGUCUGAAAGCUUCAUGUUGAUUAGUCUAAUCUUCUCUAUGAGGCCGAUUAUUUUCAUCCUAUAUUUAAUUUAAUUUAAUUUUUAUUUUAAGUGUUUUAGUUAUGAAUUUGGUAUUCAGCCAAUGAUUAAAUCAUUUUGACAAGCAUAUGUCUGAAUCUUAAUAUGUUGUCUAAUGUAAUUCUAAUAUGAGGCUGAUUUUUAUUUUCAACAUUAUCUAAUAUAUUGCCUCUUUGUUUCUUUCUUUGUUUUAAGUUUGAUGAAUUUAAUUUUGUUUGUAGAUUUAGUGAAAUGAUGAUUAUUUGGUGUAGGGUCAUGUGAUGAUUUGAAUGCAUAGUUCAGCUGAUAAUCUCUGUGAUUAUUAAAAUUUCAUGUCUUUUGCUCCUAUCUGAUGACCCCUUUUUUGGAGCAUCAACAAUUUUUGUGAAUUUCCUGAUUAUUUUGUUGAGUUUGGAAAUGUGCUACCCCUUCCUGAUUUAUUUAUCACAAGAAUUAUGCCAUGAACCAAGCAUAGAGUGAUGCAGAGUUUUGUUUUUGAUUUAUAGCUUGAUUUUUUUUCGUUCUUUUAUUGAUUCAAGGAAUAGUCUGUCAGUUAUCCUAAAUUCAUCUGCUAUGCGACUGGCUUUGUCUGCUAAGAUUGAAAAUGCCAAAAUUGCGUCAAUGUUCUAUGUAAAUCCUCACUGAACUGGACCUUUCUGAACCAACAAUGGGGUUUUUAAUGGAUGUUUCAAAGAGUCUUUUCUAUUUUCUAGCUUUUUUUCUUUUUGUGAAGUCCCAAUGAGGAAGAAUUCCCAUUGAUAGGAAGUGCUGUAUGACACUUAAUUGGCAGUGGCAACUUGUAGGAAUACCCUGUUCCCAUCCACCAAUCUCUGCCCUCUGGUUUGUUUCCCUCUCUGGGUUCAUCUUCUUUGGGCUUGCUGAUUGGUCAGGAAUGGGUAGCCCUUACGUUAUUCCUCUCUUUGUGUGAUUUGAAACGGGUCUCUGGGGGUUUCUUUAUUAAAAUUUGGGUCCAAUGCCAUGUUGCUGUUAGCUAAAAGAGCUAUGACCGGCAAUGCUAUGAUUGGACCCAGAGCAAUCUCAAUGUUUUGCUUGCUGAUAGGAACCUGUGGAUCUGAAUCUUCGUGAUCUAUGGAGCCGUUUUUGGCGAUUACAUUUUCGUGGCUAAUCUUUUUUGAAAUUUUUGAGUGAAAAGAAAUAUAUUGUUGUUGAAGCCAAUGAGGAUAUAGAUGUUUUUAUAGUUGGAAUUACCGACUGAAAUAAUCUUUGAUGUCUAUUGACUCGUCUGAGGCUUGAAAUUUUUACUGCUUUCUAUUUUUUUGUGACUAUGAUUUCAAAAAUUUUCUAAUUAUAAACAAAUUUUUGUAAAUGCUAAAUUUAUUGAAGUCAUGGUUUUGACUUGCUUGAAGUUAUUUGUAGUUUGAUUGAAUUUUGUAGGCACGGGAUCAAUAAACCUGUUGUGAGAAGUCCUCAGAUUGACAUGUGAGACACUGCAUUGUGGAUUUUAUUCUGUGUUCUGGAAAUUAUAAUCAAACUGGUGGUUUGUUAUGAAGGGAGAAGGGGUGAAACCAUGGUUCAUUGGUGGGUAGGGCCAAUUUUAUUUAGGUCAUUAGUGUGUGUGUGUGUGUGUGUGUUUUAUUUGUGCCUUUGUAGAUAAUUGAGGAAGGGAUCAAGCAGGACCUUAUAUGAUUGAGUUGUGGUAUAAUUUGCAUAAAAUCUCCUGUGAAGU